AUGCAUAUCAACUUGAUUCGAUCGGCUCUCCUUGCGAGCUCGGCCUUUAGCAUCUUUGCUGGCGCCACCCCUGUGUAUGCUCGGGGAGAUGGAACGACAACUGCUUGGGGCUAUGGCUCCUCAGGAUCUGGAAGCUCGGGAGGCGGCAGCACUCCUGUCGGGGGUGGUAGCACCUCCAGCAGUGUAGGUGGCGGAAGUGGUGGCACUACCCCGGUUGGCGGUGGCAGCACCACGGGUGGAGGUGGCAGCACCACGGGUGGAGGUGGCAGCACCACGGGUGGAGGUGGCAGCACCACGGGUGGAGGUGGAGGCGGAUGCUCUCCUACGACAACCACGCUCACUAUCACGAAGAGCGGAGGGGGCGGAGGGAGUUCCUGCCCUGCAAUCCCUCCUUCGACCAUCACAGUGACUACUGGAGGCGGUGGAGGAAGCUCCUGUCCCGCUGUUCCACCUUCAACCAUCACAGUGACCACGGGAGGUGGUACUACCCCGAUACAGCCCUGCACUGGCGCAUCGACGGCCACCCAGACCCAGAUCACCACUAUCACGACAGGAGGCUCCGUGGUGACGUCUACUCUGCUUCAGACUACCACGGUCAACGGGGGACAGACUAGCACAGUUACUCUGCCAGCAUCGACUGUUGUGUCAACAACAACCGUCAAUGGAGGACAAACGAGCACUCUUACACUUCCAGCAUCAACCGUCGUCUCAACCACAACCGUCAACGGAGGCCAAACGAGCACUCUUACACUUCCGGCAUCAACUGUCGUCUCGACCACAACCGUCAACGGAGGCCAAACAAGCACGGUAACUCUUCCAGCGUCAACUGUGGUGUCAACUACAACCGUGAACGGAGGGCAAACCAGGACUGUGACUUUGCCAGCGUCAACUGUGGUCUCGACCACCACUGUCAAUGGAGGCCAAACAAGCACGGUAACUCUCCCGGCUUCGACUGUGGUCUCGACUACAACUGUGAAUGGAGGGCAGACCAGCACUGUGACUCUGCCAGCAUCUACCGUGGUCUCAACAACGACGGUCAACGGAGGACAGACGAUCACUCGCACUCUGCCUGGCUCGACCAUCGUCUCCACUAUUACUGUGCCCGCCUCAACCGUGACGUCCACCGUUGUUGAGACAACGACAAUCAAUGGAGGAGGAACCGUCACUCGAACUCUUCCAGGCUCGACUGUUGUCUCUACCGUGACCGUGCCGGGCUCAGCUGUGACAUCUACUGUGGUUUCAACCACCACUGUCAACGGAGGAGGCCCGACCGUCACUUCGACUGUUGUGUCUACCGUGACCCAGGGAGGCGGUGGCAACACCGUGACUGCGACCACCACAGUCGUUGAAACAGGCACGUGCACCAAAGGUGGUUCAACCUUUACAAGCACAUGCACCGUCACCUCGUGGGCCACAGUUGAUUCCGGCUAUGGCAGCACCAGUGGCAGUGGUGGCUACUCCACGACCUCACCAAGCUCUACAGCAUGGAAGAGGAGCUUCUACGCAUAA